AUGCCAUCAUCAUUAAAUUUUUCGGUGGAAAAUUUAAUUAGUAAUCAUCAUUAUCAUCACCAUCAUCAUCAUUAUCAUCACCGUCAUUAUUACCAACAACAACAGCAGCAACAACGAGAAAUAUGUUCUGGUAAAUCUAACUCAGGUCAAACAUCUGAAGCUGAUAUUAUUUCACAUCCGAAAAUCCUACCACUCAAUGAGGAUGAUAUUUCACCAGCAUUUACUGCUACUCUCAAUAAGCUGCCGUCUGUUCCACUUAAAACUUCCACUUUUAAUCAACACUUUUCGAAUGCAAAAUCAACCGAAUGCCAUGAAAAUUUGGCUGAAUUAAAUGGAAGUCAAAUUGAAUGUAUACCGGGAACAAGUCGAGAAUUACUUGUACCAAAUAUAAUUGCUAACCAGAAUUACAAAUCUGACUAUCGAAAUUUUACAAGUAAUGAUAACAACAAUAAUAACAAUAAUGACAACAACAAUAAUAAUAAUAGUAACAAUAAUUCAAUUUCGCCAACAUCUUGUCAUCCAAUUGUAUGCUUAUCAGCGCCAAUUCCGCAAACGCUGUCUUAUUUUGAUGUUUUACUUCCACACGUUCAGAUGGCAUCAGCAAAUCCCUUUAUUAUGGGUUUUAAUGAUAAUGAUAUCUGUCAUAAUCAGCAAAAAUUGUGGUCACAGCAAUGGAUUGAACUCAUUCAACAAUCUGGUUAUCGACAGUUUG